CCCCCCGGCGAGCCGCUUGCGAAGGGAGAUGCCGACCAGCUGCGCGGCGGCGGGGUGCGCGGCUGUCUACAACAAGAGCGUCAACGUCAGCUUCCACCGAUUUCCCUUGGAUCCCAAGAGAAGAAAUGAGUGGAUACGCCUUGUAAAACGCAAUAAUUUUGUGCCUGGUAAACAUACUUUUCUUUGCUCAAAGCAUUUUGAAUCCUCCUGUUUUGACCUAACUGGACAAACUCGACGACUUAGAAUGGAUGCUGUUCCUACAAUUUUUGAUUUCCCUGCACAUCUAAAACUCAGGAAACCUAUGUCAAAAAAUCUUUUGAAGAAGAAAGAUGUUUACUCCCCAGAAGGGGCAUCGAACUUCAAAACAAAUAUUAGCUGUAGACAAGUACUACUUGAACAUAGUUAUGCUUUCAGAAGCCCCAUAGAAGCCAAGAAAAGGAUAUGUCAGUUAGAGAAGGAGAUAGCAAGCUUGAGGAGAAGAAUGAAGAACUGCAUUAAAAAAGAACGUAGAGCCACACAAAGAUGGAUAGAAAUGAUUUGCCUGAUGAAAAGCUUAGAAACAAAUAAUAUUUUGCCAGGGAUUACACUGAACCACAUUUUACCAAAUGCCUUAAGAAACCUUCCCUUUGAAGAUUUCAAAAAUAUUUUACGGGAACGGCAAGACCAUCUAUAACAGAUCUGCCAAUUUUAAAACUAGACUUCAGAAAUUAAAUUUAUACUGAAUAUAAUGCCCAAAAAAUCCGUCCUAAUUAAUAUGUUUUUCUAAAACAUUCUUGUGGUGCAGAGUGACAACGCUGGUUCUUAUGGCUGCUUAAUUACUCCAUUGCAAAUACUUAUAUGUUACUAAUGAAAACUUCACCCCAAAUCUUUAAGUUUUCAAUCAGUUAAUAAGAGUGCCUUAUGCAAAAACUAGUUCUGUGAAUUAACAGGUUUUUCAUUUUUAAAUAAUUGAAAAUUAUAUGGUUUGGUUGGUCUAUUUUUGUAGAACAUCUGAGUAACUGAAAUGGACCAUUUUUUGAUGGAACAUAUACUCUAUCCCGGUGGUGUGCAGCUGGCAGUCACAUUUGAAUUAACAGUAAUACUCUUCACUACUUCAGAAAAUAAAAUAGUCAUUUUGGAUUUACAAUAAAUUCCAAGAACACGAAUGGAUACAUCUUGGCAAAGAGGCAAUAGACAGUAUUGAAACAUAAUGGCAGUAAUGUCAUAGAACAAGUAAAAUCUUAUGUAUACCUAGCAAGCUUGAACUGUGCCAGUGGUUCCAUCAAGGAUGAAGUUAAAAAGAGAUGGGCUUUAGCUACAAAUGCUGCAUGGAAAUUGAAGAAAUUAUGGCCUGAUAGAAAUGUUGUUUGGUACUAACAUGAAAUGAGUUGAUUAUCAGUAUUGAUAGAUCAAUAUGAGGAGACAGCUGUCCGUGGCAUUGAGGUAUUGCCUAUCUGAGAGAUGUUUCAUACAAGUAUAUACUACAGGUAUUUUCAGUACCUCUGUUAAGGUAAGUGCUUUUUAAGUAAAGGUUUUAACAAGUAAUAUUUCAGAAAUGGCUAACUAGUAUACUACAUACUAUGUACAAUAUACCAGUAUUCAGCUUUUUUCACAUUUUAAGCUUGUUCAAUAUAGAAAUAUAUAUAUAUAUGUUCCCUUUAAUGAGGAAUGAACAUGUUAGUGGGGGGUGGGGGUAUGUGUUUUAUUCCCUCCUUUACUUUUUCAGUAAUUAGAAGAUGGCAAUUGCCAUAAGAAGAAAAGGGAACUUAGCUAUUCUCUUCAAAAUACCCUAUGCUAAUUGUGAUUACACUUUUUUCUUUUUCUGGCACAUAACUGCUUGUACUGCUCAGAAGCAAAGUUUUAUUUUUAAUCUAAUUGGUGAGUACUUCUCAUUCUUUUCUUUGAACACCAAGUCAGAAAACCGUUGAUUUUCAAAAGAAAAUACUCAGACUAUUAAUCUACCUCAAAAAACUAGUGGUACAAAUCUUAUUUAAAUCAGAACUUCAAAUGCUGAUUAUGUAAAUCAUGGCAAAUUUAGUAUUUUACAGAUCUUAAUAGGGAUUCUUUUUAUCAGUGGUGUAAACAAUAUAACAAUAUCCCAGUGUUGGUAAUGUUUGGAUGUCAGGUUCUGAUAAAGAUAUGACUUGUUUGUCAAGUUGGAUAAAUUAAUAGUAACAGAUCUUCCACAUAUCAGAAAAGGAAAAAAAUGUAAAGAAAAUGAAAAUAUAUAUAACAGAUUCUCAUUAGGUACAUUUUAACUUGUGGCAAUACCAAGGGCCCCAGUUGUGAGCCAGGUUUCUGUUGUGCUAGGUAUUUGUAUAAACACACACACACACACAAACUGUUCGCACUUCAAUGAAUGUAAAUGUAUCUGUAAGACAAGAGGUCACAGGUCAAUUUAGAUAAAGGAGUUCAAAAAAACAACUUAAUACUGGUCAGCACGAUAGUCUGUGGUCUUGACAGGCCAGCUGUUUAACUGUUGUUUUUUUUUAUUAUUCCCUGGAGGUCAAUUUGUUUGCAUAAGCUUUUGAAGAAGGUGGGACUUGAUGACUAAUGUUUAUAGGGGAAAUUUUGGUGGGAAAAGUACCUUAUAAUUUGGCGUCUUUGAGGUUGGAGUUUCUGGAGAUUUGUGGCUGGUUUUAGUUCUCUCUUUAAAGUCCAAAAUCCCCAAGUUAACAGAUUGCUGUAUUUUUGUUGUCGUUGUUGUUCUAAAUCCAAACAUAGAUUUUAAAAACAACUAAGGGGCAGUGCCUCCAGCUCACUACACUUGCCAACCCCCCCUUUCCGGGGGUAGGCAGCCCUGGCUUUCAUCUAGCCACCAGGAAGGGCCAGGCCAACACAUGGCAGCCCUGGCCUGUUGCAGCUCUCUCCCCCGCAGCCAUCAGGGGAGUUGGGCCAAGGCUGGCCCUGUGCUCUCUGCCAGGGGUUGGGCUGAGCUGAAGCUGGCCUGGCUCUCUCCCCCUGGCUGCCAGGGGGUUGGGCCAAGGCUCUCCCCCCACCCUAGGACGGUCCGAGGCCACCCUGGCUCUUGCCCCCUCCACCAGCCCCGACACUUCCCCCCUGCCUGUGGUUUGUUGUUAGAUAUUGCUUUAUCCAUAGGAGCAUAAUUUGGAGGAUUCAGGAUAGGGCUGUGCAAAAUGUUCACACAAAUUCAAAACUUACGCAACUGGAUAUCAGUUUUAUUACAAAAAUACUGUAGAUUUGUCAAGUGUUUCAAUGAAGUUUGUGAGUGACUGUGUCCAUAUGUUUUAGUGAAAGUUGUAGAUGACAAUGAGAUAACUGAAAAGUUACGUUUUGAGAUAUGAAUCUAUGUAUAAUGCAAAGGUUUGCACAAACCCGCACAAAGGGAAGCCACUGAGAUAAUUCACCAGACCUUGUUACAGUUGUGACCGAGAGUCGCUUGAUUUUAUUGCACUAGGGAUGUUAAAAUGCGUGUAAUUAAGUAAUCAUGUAACCACUGAAACAGGUAGCCGUGCAGGGCAGCAGGCAGUGUGUGCCAGAACCAUGCAUACCAGGAACCUGCAUGUAACUGUGAACAUUAACUGAUGCGCCUAAGCUCAUUAGUUAACCAUUUAUGGUUACACUUUCACAUCCCUAUUUAGUACUGUAUUACUAUGAGUGUUAAUUUUGUUGUAGUAAUUGCAGAAUGUAUCCUUUGGACACAAUACAAUACAUUUUUGUUCAUGUUUCUUGUUUAAUUUAGCCCUCUGCCUUUAUUGUAGAUCUCUACCUUCACCUUUUCCAGUCAUGUCUACCAAAGAAGGUUUUGGUCUCACAUCAGUUUAUUGAUGGGCUCUGGAACAUGUUAUGUCAAUAUUUUCUUUACCUGGACUCCUCACAAGUUCUUCAGAGCCUGUUUUGAUUUUUCAGAAGUCUCAAGUGGUGGUAAGGAAUCAUCCUUUGUCUUGGACUUCUAAGUACAUGUUACGUCUGCUGCCUUCUUUAUGCAUGCCUUGACUUUUCUGCCAGCUGUUACAGUGAAAAAGGUGUCUGGGAUUAUUACUGCCCCAGGUUGUGCUGCAGCUGACUCUUUCUAGUCCCCCUAAUCCUGUUUGUGAAUUUUUAAAUUUAUUAGCAGUACAAAAACUUUUCAUCAUUUAAGAAACUAAACUAAAUUCUACUUAUUCUGAUAGAAUUUUUCAUGUUGAAGAAAUUUAAAUAAAAUCCAGUGCAAAUGUGCUGCCUCAGUUGUGCAGUGUGUAUGAUGUUGGUUUCCCCUGUAUACUGAGGGUAUGUCCAAAGUGCAGUUGGAGAUGUGAUUGCCGCAUAUUGAGAUAUAAUUGGGUCAGAUACCAGUAAUAGUGAAUGCCUGGUUGUGGUUCCAGGACAAUGGGAGGUACCAUGCUGCCAUUCACGCAAGGCAGCACACAGAGCCUUCCUGGCCAUCCAGACACCUACCUGCUGGAGCCCUGGGGAACCAGGAUACAUAGGGAGUCUGUGUUAGCCAGAGGCACCUGCUGUGCUGUUAAACCUGGAUGUCUGGAAACUCUACCAGCAUCUCCUGAUACUGAAUAGCUUUUCCCUCAGGGUACAGGAGGCAAUGGCAGGGCAAGCAGAGGGAGUUGGGUCUGCAGAUUAAAGUUAUCUCCGAUAGGUCUGUCUAUAUUGAAAUCACACCUCCAGUGGCAUUGCAGCCACUCUAAUGUAGAGCAAGCCAAAGUUAUGUAGGAAAGUUACACGUGGCACAGAUUUAUUCUGGACAUCUGCACUGAAUUUGGUGACAAUGUUUACUGAAUUUUUCAUAAUCAAAAAUGGUCUUAAACUUACUUCAUCUUAGCUUCAGAAGUACAUACUUAGAAUGACUACCCAAGGUGCAGGGCAACUUCACACAUGCAGAAUAUUCUGUGAGGAAAGCUUCCUGACUUGCAAUAUGGUAGAAGUAGGAAGCAAACAUCCAGCACAGUUUGAACUCUGCAUGACAGCUACCUUUACUACAAGCCUCCCGAAGACUUAAUGUACUGAAGUGCCUGCUGCCAAUGUUCCUCUCCUAAUAAAGGGGCUUCUACGGCUUUGUCUACACUGAGAGAUAAGAUCAAAUUUACUAAGGUCUAUUUUCUAGAAUGCAAUUUUGUAAAGUAAAAGGUACAUAUCCCCACUUCGUGCAAGAAUUCAACAUGAUGCCUAUGUCUACACUACAGGCUUUUUCUGGGAUACCUCUGGUAUCCCAGAAAAACUGUGCCACAUCCAGGGAACGUGUCUGCUCUUCUGAAAUUUU